AUGAUCGAUUCCCUUCAGGACAGCAACGAUUCAAAGGGCCCUGAGAGCGGAAAGAGCCAUCACAGUGUUGAACUCGAUGCACCGUCGGCAAGGAGGGACAGAACGAACAUCGGCAAUGCGCGCGUUGCUGGCCUUCAAAGCGACCUCCAAAUGACAAACAAGCAGUAUAGCAUUGCGUUGACCGUCACUUACGUUCCGUAUAUCGCUUCUGAGCUACCCUCAAAUCUGUUACUUCGAGUCAUUGGUCCAAACUAUCUCCUCCCGACCUUACUGACCACCUGGGGCGUGGUCACCACCCUUCAAGGAGUGGUGACGAGCUAUGGCGGCCUUCUUGCCUGUCGGUUCUUCAUCGGGCUGUUCGAAGGCGGCGUCUUCCCAGGAUUGGUGCUGUACCUCACGCAUUUCUACCCACGUGCCAAGAUGACCACCCGUGUAUCGGCAUUUUUCGCAUCUGCUUCACUCUCAGGAGCAUUUUCGGGAAUCCUUGCGUAUGGUAUUAUACGCAUGGACGGCGUAGGAGGACGCGCAGGGUGGCGAUGGAUAUUCAUCCUCGAAGGCGCAUUCACAGUCGCUUGUGGAGUAAUGAGCUAUUUCCUUACGCCUCGAGAUGCUAUGGCAGCGAGAUUUUUGCGUCCAGCUGAACGCGAAUAUGUCGCUAGUCAGGUUGUUGAGUCUGGAGGAGAGCAGUUCGAAUGGAGAGAGGUGAGGAAAGCAUUCGUCGCACCACAUGUUUGGAUCCUUGGUGUUCAAUUCUUCUUUUCGGGUGCCCUCCUCCUUGGCCUGGCUUACUUUACACCAUCGAUUGUCCAGAGCCUGGGAUAUACUGCUGCUCGCUCCCAGCUCAUGAGUGUGCCACCGUUUGCUGCCGCUUUUGCGUUGUCAAUGACGACCGCGUACCUAUGCGACAGGUUCCAUAUCCGAGGUCUUGUCUGUGUCUUCACCUCUAUCAUCGCUCUGAUAGGAUUCGUUAUAUUCCUUACCUCGUCGUCGGCAAAUACUCGGUAUGGCAGUCUCUUUCUGUCGAUCCCUGGCGUGUAUACCUCUGCUCCGACGUUGUCAACGUGGAACUCGAUCAACUCGGCGCCACAUGUUCGCCGCGCUACGGCAAUUGCUAUUGGGUUCAUGAUGGGGUGUGCCGGGGGAAUUUUGUCGACGUGGUUGCUGGGUAGUCUGAGUACUGCGCCCAAGUACGUGCUCGGGACCAGGGUAAUGGUGGCAUUCAGUGGUGGGAUGGCUGUUGGGUCGGCAUUGUGCUUGUGGUAUUUUGUGUGGAUGAACCAGAGGAAGAGGAAGAUCCUAGGACGGGAGGUCAAAGGGAUGGAUGGGGAUUUGGCCCCGUCGUUUAUGUAUUUGCUAUGA